CGGCGCUGCAGGACGGCGGAUUUAGGCCACGGCGAACGGUAGCCGACACGGCACGCACCGCCACACCGUCUCGCACCUCCAAGUAUGCGGUCGCGGCAGCUCUCCGGCGGCAUCAGAUAAUUCAGGAGACGUGACGGCGGAGAGUGAGGGCAGGACGCGGAGAUAUUCCUGGAGCAGGAGCUGAGCCGCCACCGACAGCACGGAGCGGUCGCGAUGUUGUAACUAAACCAUGGACAGCAGAAUAAAGGAGAAUCCAGAAAGAACUUUUGAUCUAGUUUUACAAGUGGCAUGUCCAGCGUCCGAAAAUGAGGAUCCAACCGUGCUGUGGAGCUUCCCCCAGGACCACACAGACCAGGAGGUCCUUCAGACGAUACCAAAGUUCUGCUUUCCGUUUGACGUGGAAAGGGUUUCUCAGAGCCAGGUGGGGCAGAAUUUCACCUUUGUGCUGACCGACAUCGACAGCAAACAGAGGUUUGGCUUCUGUCGCCUGACGCAAGGUUGCCGGGUUUGCAUAUGUCUGCUCAGUUAUCUACCAUGGUUUGAGAUCUACUACAAGCUGUUAAAUACCCUGGCAGACUACCUAACAAAACAUCAGGAAAAUGACUUGAAUGACAUGCUGAAUUCGCUCUAUGAUCUGCCUGUGCCAAAGCCCUUCACUCCAGUCAACCUGAGCGUGAAUGAGCAGUUGUAUAUUGCCACUGGGCAAGUACUGAGAAAUCGGCGAAGCAAGGAGCCGCACUCCUACUUCAUCGCCCCGGAUAUCAAUGGACUGCCAACUAUCCCUGAGAGUAGGAACCUGACAGAGUACUUUGUGGCUGUGGACAUCAACAACAUGCUGCAGCUCUACGCCAGUAUGCUGCACGAACGGCGCAUCAUCAUUACCUCAAGCAAGCUUAGCACUUUAACCGCAUGUGUCCACGGUGCAGCUGCUUUGCUCUUUCCCAUGUACUGGCAGCACAUCUUCAUCCCCGUGCUGCCCCCGCAUCUUCUGGACUACUGCUGUGCCCCCAUGCCAUACUUUGUGGGAGUUCAUCUUAGUCUGCUGGAGAAAGUACGCAGCCGGUCACUGGAGGACGUGGUCAUUCUGAAUGUGGACACAAACACCUUGGAGAGUCCCUUUGACGACCUGCACAACCUUCCCAGUGAUGUGGUGUCCUCGCUGAAGAGCAAGCUGAAGAAGCAGUCAACAGCAACAGGGAGCGGGGUGUCCAGGGCCUUCCUCAGAGCACAGGCCGCUUUGUUUGGAUCCUACCGGGAUGCCCUCAGAUACAAACCUGGAGAGCCAAUCACAUUCUGCGAGGAGAGCUUCGUGAAUCAUCGAUCGAACACCAUGAAAAACUUCCUGUCCAUGGCCGUCAACCUGCAACUCUUCAAACAGUUCAUCGACGGACGGCUGGCCAAAUUGAACGCAGGCCGUGGCUUCACUGACGUGUUUGAAGAGGAGAUCACAGAGGGGGGCUUCUGUAGAAGUAAUUCAAGGUCCUACCAGCAAUGGAUGCACACUGUAAAGAGAGGAGGAGCCCUUUUCAACACAGCUGUGACAAAGGCCAAGGAUCACGCCAAGAGGGGCAUCCGAGACAUUAAGGGCAGACUCAAAGCAAGGGAAGAAGAGGAAGAGGGGAUGAUGGUCUGUGCAGGGUCUCCUACCAGCACCAAGAGCCUGUCUCCAAGGAGACUGCAGAAGAUGAGACGGCAGAACUUCAACAAGUCUCCCAGGAGCAUGGGCCCUCCAGAGCUUGGCUUCGGGCUGGAUGAUGACGAGCUGGACAACACCAGCAAGAUCUCCUCAGAGGACAGCGGGGACGUCCCCUCCUACACUGAAGACAGCGAUGAGUCCUACUCCCUGGAUUUGGACAUUGACUCCUCUCGCUCAGGACAGAUGAACCUGCUGGAGGAAAUCCUCGACUCUCUCACCACCACAACAAUGGAGCAAGGAAAACUCAGCGCAGCCAAGAGUCUGGACUUCUUCAGGUCUAUGGACGACCUGGACUACAAGGCUCCGACGAAGCCCGCACCGUGCCGUGAGUCCGACCCUGCAGAUGAGAGCGGCGGUGGUGGAGGCGGGGAUCAAGGCGGAUGGAAUAUGGGUCAGGAUGACAGCGCAGUUCACGGGAAACACCUUCCUCCAUCCCCGCGCCGGCAGCCGAACAAGAGCAGCCUGAAGGUGUCGAAGAAACCUCCAGCAGGUCCUGCGGUCCCCUCCAUCACAGCUACUCCGCCCUCCGAUAACGACGACCAGCCGCUCUCUCAUCAACCCUCAGCCUCCAAGUCUCCCCCUCUACCUCCAGGGCGACAGCCAGGGGACCGUUUGUCCUACUCGCCCGGCCUGUCCCACAGAGUCACGCCCACAUCGUCGUCUCCCGCGCUCACUCACACCUACAGCUCUUCUCCUGUACCAGCAAGCCGCUCUCGGACCAUCUCAGACCCUCAGAGCGGCUCCGAGCCUUCUCCGGCCCAGCCUCAGACUUCCUCCACCAGCAUCCUGAGGAGGAAGGUGCUGUCCAAGGAGACGGUGAGGCAGUACCAGGAAAAGGCUCUUCAGAGGCAGGGCAGCAAAGCGGGGAACCCCGAGGAGCAGGGCAGCCCGUUGAGGAACCACCAGUCAGCUAUGCAAGUCCCAUGGGAGAAGGAAGUGUCCAAAGAGGGGCUCCUCGGGCUCGGUCUGUGUCGGGGUCCAGGUAAAAGCUCAGGGGCGGCUGUGGUGCAAGACCAAGGCCUGCUGGAGGAGAUUGAGUCCAUGUGUUGUCUUGGACCGGUCCUCCACACCAGCCUGCAGCUCUCACAAGUCCACUGCAACAACAGCCACCAGCCGGUCCAGGGCAAAACCGCAGAGGAGUCUUAAAGGACACUCUGGACACAGCCUCUUUGAAAAGCCACAGGUUUUACCCCUCUUUUACAAAAAAUAAUGUGUCAGAGAACGUCAUCAGCUCUGCCGCGUUUGCCCUUCAACUUUUAGCCAGGAGGAGAAAUUAUGAUAAAGAAUUAUUGAAGUAGGCAACUCAGACAAAAGUCCAGAUAGGAUCCAAUAGGAGGAGGGGAGCAGGUGCACCGCAGGAUUAUCCAUCUGUCAUCCAUCUCUAUAUGUUUGUAAGACUAAAGCCUUAUUUAUGGUAAGUGAAAAACUCAACUUGUUUCAGGAGCUGCAGUGAAAUAUAGGUAUCAUAAAACGACAACAAAAAAAACAUCCUUCAUCCAAAAGUUGAGAAAACUUUCCCUCUCAGUGAGGCAGAGUGGCAACAGCAAGUAUUUGUACUUAACUGAUCAAAUCUGUGAGUUUUUAGGUUUAAAAAAACUAAGCACCUCUGCAGUUAUGAUCAUAAUCACAAACGACCUGGCAACAAGGAGAUUUUUAUAGUGUUUUUUUUUCCCCCUCCAUUUCUAUCUGGAAUCCUGAACAUAUUGUAUUUCCAUACCCUUUUUAUUCUCCACUGCAGCACCCAAAGAACACCGUGGAAAUGCAUUUUCACGCACAGUUGUUACGCUAAUGGUCAAAUUCACCAUCGAAACCUGAAAAACAGGCUCAGUAUUUUGUCAGGAUUAAAAAGGGACGGCAUCUCCUGGAAACACAGUCAUGUUAAUAUUAAACUCAGAGUUUCAAACAGGUCGCACAAUGAAUUUGCACUUGCUUAACACAAAUAAUACUCAGUUACUAUUGUUACCUGGUACAGAUAUGAGCAAAAAUGGACAUUUCAGAUGCAAAAUGCACUCUGGCCUUUAAAAACUAAUUGUAUGCUGUGUAAUUUAAUGUUUUUUUGUUUUUUUUUAUCACUAUGCCUUAAAUGGACAUGUGAUUUGCUUUUGAAACCGAUGUAUUGAUUUUAGCCGGCACAGCAGGUGCUUUGUAAUCAGAAUCACUGCUGCAGUCUUAAAUACAGCAGAUUGUAAUUCCUAAACCUUAUUUUCAUUCUUUUAAAUUAAUCCAGUAUUGCACGCUUUAAGUUGCUGUGGGAAACUCCCUCCCUCGUCCUGAAUUUCUCAGUGCUGCAAAUCGAUUCAAAAGCUACCGAAAGAAAAAUCACUUGAAAAACAAACAGAAAAGAGUUUAUGGUUCAUCUCCUUUUCUUUCCCACUGCCCACUGUCACCACUCUCCUCUCCACUUUGUCUUGUCAGAGUUCUGCUUUUUACUGCUCUUCGGCGCGACUGAUCUCGCUCUCCACCUUAAAAAUUGAGACCAGUUGCGGCUGAGCUUUUGAGGUUUGCCGUGGAGGUAGAAAAGGUGAACUUUAAAGGAAAAUGCUGGUUCUGCUUGCACUUUUAUGAUCAACAAAUCUCAUGAAAAAGUCUGAAACCAAGUGCGCUGAAGGUUUAUGUGGUUUCAGUCGGCCUCUUUGUUUCAGUCGAAGGCACGAUGGUCUCAGGCAGGACACAGUAACAGGAGGAAGGCGUGUAUUUCCUGGCGACUGCAGACACAGAAUCAAUGUUAGUAAAAUGAUUAUUUGUUUUGGUCUUUUCAGAGGAUUUGCUGAUCAUAAAAAGUAUUUUUAUUACUGCUAUUAUUUCUUUCUGUCUUCUUUGCCUUUUCCUGUUUCACAUGAGGAAAUGUAAUCUGCCCAUCUAAGUUUGAGUCACACUGUGAUGCCAUGCAGUGGUGGAUGAUUGUACUGUAAUGAAGCAAUAUAAUUCUCCUCCUGAGUAGCGACAUGGAUGUAAUGUGAACAGAGUCUAAAGUAUUUCUGUAACAGACUCUCCCGUGGAGAGAAACGUCGUGUCCAGAGAUUGUGGCUUCCCAUCAUUCUGUGCGUCACCACAAACCCGGAGGAAAAGGAGAAAGCUUUUUCAUGUGCUUUUGUUGGGAUUAUUACAUUUAUGGUUCGUUGUUCUUAUGAUUUAUGCCAGACGCCAGUCAGUGUGGCAGUUUAAUAGCAGCUAUUUCUCCACUUUUUGAGUGCUGCUCUGCGUUAACGAUUUGCUCAUAAAGUCUUUGGCAUGCUUCUAAAAGCCUGAGAAUCAGUCCUAGUAAUUCCAAAAAGGAAAGAAAAACUGUGGGCAGUCCCUGUACUGCUCUUGCUCAAUAUAAUCACUUUACAAAACCUAUGUACUAUGCAAAUGUUUAAGAAUAUCUUAAAAAAGGUACGCUUUCUCUAAUAGUAAUUAUAUUAUACUCUAUGUUUCUACUCCCAAAAAAACAAAAAAAAAAAAACUUAACAAAAAGCAAUCAGAUUACUUUCUAGUGGAAGUAAGCCUCAAGUAUCCCCAAAUAAAUGAAUAAAUACCUUUCAAAGACUACUUAAAUGUGUGUGAGCUGAGCUGAGGCGUGGUAAUGAUGGAGUGAAUGGUGUGCCUUAUACAGUGCAGAGUUCCUCCCACUUUGAUCUCAAUGACUUUACAGUGUUAUAGGAAAGAAGUGUAUGCAAUGUUUGUUGGGCCCGCCUGGCAACACAGUCAGGAAGAGCUGAACGUUUUGGUAUUUACACGAUUACUGAUGUUUGGACCUGAGAAGCUAACCUGAGCUGAACUCUGGAGCUGGCUUUGUUCUCUGGUUGAUGUUGCGGUCCAGCUGGAGCGACUCAGUGUUUUCUUCUGUGCAGCGGUGGUCGUUCCUCCGAUCUCGUAGUUUCUCUGGGCUCUCUGGGGCUUUCAGCAGCAUAAUGACUCGUGAGCGUGCGUGUGUGUGUAGCUGUGUUGACAAUGGGGUUUUCUUUGUUCUUACUGAGAUAGGUGUCGAUUAAAAUUUGUGUGAUUAAUACUGCCUGUAAUAUGUUUUGAAGACUAGAACAACUGUAAAUGUCUCUUUCUUCACCUCCACCACAGACUGGCUUUUUAGCUGAGUUUUUUCUAGUAGAUAUUUAUUAAAUUCACCUGCUGUGACGGAAUGAUGUCCAUCUUGUCAGGUUUUAUUGGUCCUCCUAGUAGGCUGGCAGGCUGCAGGUCGUCUGGGCUGCACUGUGUUUUCUUUGCCGUACGGUUUUUAUGACACUUAAGCAGCGCUGCAGGAGCACCUAGUGAUUUCAAGCAUAACAUCAGUGUCACUGGCUUUACAACCAUGAGCCUGAACGUCCAGAUUUCAUUCCAACGAAAACUAGAAUUACAGACGAAUUUGAGUCAGAGCAGAAAAGAAAGAAAAGUCUGUGAAAAUCCAGUGGACUGACAGGUUCGCCUGAAGUGUGGAUGAAGACAGAGACACUGACAGCCCUGUGUGGACACUGUCAAUUAAACAUAUUGCACUUAUAACAUUUAUUUGUACACACACACAUUUUAUUACAAUAAUCUGUGGAUUCACAAAUCUGGGUAAGCACUUACAAAUCUCAUUACUGCACACAUGCAGAUUUCAAUAUGCAUACUCAGAGUCAGACAGAAGCUGCUGUCCACGGGCGCUCACGAGUCAUUUCGCCACUACAAAUGUCCUGAGAGGUUCUUUCCUAACUCUUCUGUUAAUUAAAUACCUUCUUUGACUGUGCUGUGAGGUGACUGCUUGUAUAGUUUGUGCUCUUUUUUUUUUUUCAUUUCCUUUUUUUGAACAGUUACAGCCACUUGGCACUAACUGUAUUUCAGAAAAUCUCAGAGGAGUUUCUCUAGUUGAUUUCAUAUUGAUUAAAAAAAAAAUUAUUUUCAACUGAAUAGACGUGUAUUUUUGCUGGCUUGACUAUAUUUUACAUGGAUAAUAUAUAAUUGCUGUUGUCUGUUGU